UUCACCUAUCAAGAUGUUUCAAUCUACCUGAACCUGACCAAAAACAAGGAGCUGCACUCAACGGUCCGACCUGUCAAAGACUUCAACAAACCAACACUGGUCUAUGUCGCUUUCUCAAUGGAGUCAAUUCUAGACAUGAGUGAGAUGGACCAGACUUUCGUUUCUGUCAUUCGGAUUUAUAUGAAAUGGGAAGAUCCGCAUCUUCAUUGGGACCCAGAUCACUUUGGUGGCCUUGAUAAGAUGAGAGUUUCUGCUGAUUUGUUGUGGAAGCCAGAUCUAAUGAUUAAAGAGAUGAUAGAGAAGAACAAGGCUGUUCCAAAUCCCUUUAUCACCCUUCACUCGAACGGUACCGUUGAACAUGUGAGGGAACUUAUGGUGGUCAGCACGUGCAGGAUGGAAGUUCGCAGAUUUCCUUUUGAUGUUCAGCACUGCAACUUGUCUCUCAAGUCUAUGGUUUACCCAGAGGAGGAGUUGAAGAUUGAAGUCUUAACUGACGGUGAACGGAAAUGGAGUGAAACAACACUAAGGGACCAGAUCAAGUGGAAGUUCUUAACCCCUGGAGUCACCAACCGACCUGUCCCAGAGUGUGAUCAAAAGCAAAGCGUUCUAAUUUAUUCUAUCAGGAUGAAUAGGCGUUAUCCCAUCUUCAUCGCCAACUUCUUAGUGCCCAUCAUGUUCUUAUUCUGUCUGGACUUGGCCUCCUUCCUGAUGCCAGACCAAGGGUGCGAGAGGGUCAGCUUCGAGAUCACUCUGCUGCUCGCUGUCACUGUGAUGCAGCUGAUUCUCAACGACGUUCUGCCUUCCUCUUCAGACACGAUACCGCUUAUAGUGGUCUUCAGCAUUGGUAUGUUCUGUUUGAUGUUGAUCAGCCUUCUGGAGACGAUUUUGGUGAUGUAUCUGAUCAAGAAAGACUCUGCCUCUGAAGAAAGCAACGCAGAUAAAGGCCUGAGUGAGGACUGUGGAGACCAACAGGGCAACAAUGAUGGAGUUGAGACUGAACACAUUCUUCAAACCUUUGGAUUUCAACUCCAUCUAUCUAAUGUGAAGAAAUGGACUCACUGUGCUUGUAAGGUUUCUGAUGAACCGCCAACUGAACUGCUGUCUGUGGCCGAAGAGGUGAGAGUUGGGUUAAUCUGUAAAAUGAAUGUUUACCUACGUUUUAAAAACAAAGAGAACUCAAAUUAGUGAAGUAUAAAAGCA